CUAGCAAUAUAUUUCGAAGAGAUUGCGUGCGUAUCUGCCCUUCGGGCUGAAUCCGAGGCCCUUGAAAGCGACGAUGCCACCGCAGAGAAGACGGGCCGGGAAGCCGGUCCGGUCAUCCGAGGCGUGGAGGACGCGCGUUCCUCAUCCUCAACCACCACCACGCCCCCCCCUCAUUCGCCCCAUCCCUCUCCGGCACCCCUCCCACAUUCCCAAACCUUCCAAACACCUCGAAUAGUCGCUCCCGAGGCGCACACCGGCAAGCACAUCACAGAAGCCGACGCAAAAAUGGCAACGACAACGGCCAUUGAGCCGGACGAGGAGGCGGGUUUUGGGUGCGUGAACGCGCCCCGCUCUCUAUUAUAUUACUAA